AUGAGAGCAAGUGGCCGUGGAUUGGAAGUAGGACCCCUAUAUGUAAUAGGUACGCUGUCAGCAGGGUAUUUACAACAGGAAAAGCUUUUAGCUACCUGCCGUGAAUUUAUUUUGGAAAGCUCAGAUUUGAAAGAAUAUGCAGAGCACUGUACAGAGGAUGGGUUUAUUCCGGCCUGCUUGCUGUCCCUGUGUGGAAAAAACUUGACAACUAUUCUUAAUGAGUAUGUAGCCAUGAAAACAAAAGAAACAACAAAUGAAGUUCCAGCAAUGAUGUCAUCUCUGUGGAAAAAAUUAGACUAUACGCUCUCUCAGAUCAGGAGUAUGCAGAGUUGCACGGGAUUUUCUGCUAAUCAAAGGGCGCGUACAAGAAGUGGAAUUGUAGAAAUGAAAAGACAGAGAAUACUUCAGCAGUCAGCUCCUCCAAACUCAGGAUUGUUGUCUAUAGCCCAUCAGUCAGGACAACAGAGUUCCUCUUCUGUUAUAGCUACUCAAGUUAUGCAUAGGCCAGCAAUAAAUCAAAGUAUAUCACAGACAAGACUGAAUACCUUGUUUGUGCACCAGUCACAAACACAGGACAAUAAGAUCAACACAGGAGAUUUCAUACACAUUCAGGUUCCAGGAUCACAAGAACGAAAGCCUCAUUCAAACUUGCUAUCUCCAGGAAGACGAAAAAGUGAAUCUCAGAAGAGGAAAAGCACUGCAACAUCUGCGCCUCUUUCAAUAAGUAGAAGUUCUCAAGACACUGAUGAAGUAAUAGCAGAAAAAGAAAGUGAGCCACUUCAAGAAUUCAUAGAUGGUAACUUCCCACAACUGGUUAUUGAAAAUGCCAGAGAAAAAAUCCUGAGCAACAAAUCUCUUCAGGAGAAGCUUGCUGAGAACAUUAACAAAAUCUUGGGCAGUGAUGGCAAUGUCACACAGGCUCCUAAACAGACAGACAGUGGCCCCACGGAACAAGAGACUUCGAUCGAUGAAAUCCUUGGACUUCAGGGUGAAAUUCAUAUGUCAGAAGAGGCGAUACAGGACAUUCUAGAACAGACAGAAUCAGAUCCAGCUUUUCAGGCGCUCUUUGACUUGUUUGAUUAUGGAAAGAACAAGAUAAACAAGAAUUUAUCUACUGGUAUUUCUGGUCAGAAUGGAGUAGAAAAUACAAUCCUGGUGGAUGAAAAUAACCUGGAAACACUGGAAAGUUCUUUAGGAACAGAAGAAACUAGUCAUCAUUCUAGAGAAUCUCUAUCCUGUAAAGAUUUUCAUUUAGGAGAAGCAUCAUGUGCCUUGAAGAAUAGCGUUAAUGAUGAUGACAUGGCUAAGAAAAAUACAGCCAAUGAACAGCUGCAUGGAAAUUGUAGACCAAGAAAGCAGGCUGAAAUGCUUAAAACAGUUACCACUGAACAAAUUGGAGAGCUUGAAAUCCCUUUUGACUCUGUGCCUGGUUUGACUGAAUCUACCAAAAGACAUAGCUCUGAUAGUCCACAUAAUGAACACUGCGGAGAUACUUACAAUGAUAAAGAGUCAGCUGCAGUAGCGUCUGAAAGUGAAAGAGCUAUGGAAACCGAAAAAGACACACUAAGUCAUAAUGCUCAAAGUAGUCCUGGUUUGGAAUACGUUCAUUCUGGUAGUCCACAGAUUUCUUUAGUUUCACUGACAAAUGGUACUGCAGCCAGCGAUCACAGAACACAGUCUAGAAGUAAAUGUCAGUUAUCACCAGAUACAUCGCUAUCUGAAAAAGCACAUGUUAAAAGCCCUUCUGAUGGGAGUCCUGACCACAGCCUACUGCCAAGAAAAAAUAAUUCAUCAAUUUCUAGCCAAUCAGCAGAUUUAGGAAAACAAGAGGCUCUAACAAAUGAGACAGCGACAUUACCUGGUGUUUUACAGCAGAGUUCUAGCCACCAUUCCAACUGUCAGGACCAGGGUAAGCAGUCAGACUGUGCUGCCAGAUCUGCUGUGAAAAUUUCAGAUCUUGACAAAACAGAGUUGCAGCUUGAAGUUGUUGAUACUUCUAACAAACCUUAUUCAAAUGAUCAGCAUACACUCAAUAACCUUUGUAAGAAAGAUUUUAACUUCCCUUCAGGGCUAUCAAACUCAGAGGGAACACAAGUGGAAAUGCAAGAACCUUCGUCUUCUACAAAAGUAGAUGCUGAUAAUGUUUUCUUCUCUUCUGGUGAUGAUGCGUGUACAGAAAUUUCUGUAGCAUCCACUGAAAAUAAUCUCAGUACGUCCGAAAUAUGCCAUUCCCCUCUCCCAGAAACUGCAUCCUCCACAGACGAGUCUGGCACCGAGGCCAAAAGUAUUAGUGGUGUGUCUUCUAGUAGUCAGCCAAUGGAUGUUGAUCCUUCGAAUAUAAUGUCCCUCAAAAUCAUCAUCAGUGAUGAUCCGUUUAUUUCCUCAGACACUGAGUUAAAUAACGCUGUUUCCAGCAUCACAGGAGAAAAUUUGCCAACUAUAAUACUAUCUUCUCCGGCCAAAUCCCCAACCAAAACUGCAGGCCUGUCCAAACGCCUAACUUCAGAAGAUACUGAAAAAAACGUGGAUUCAGCCUUGGCAGAGCAGAAUCUUCUUGUACUUAGACCAAAGGAUCCUGUUGUCAGCUCAGUUAACACUCAGAAUGAAGAUUGUACUGUUUUUUCAGUUGCUGGUGCAACUAAUCUUUCCAAAGAAGGGGGAUUUAUACAGUUGAUGCCAGCAACAAGCACAGCUUUUAGCAAUUCAAAUAACCUUUACAUAGCCACCUGCGUGACAGAUCCGGCUACUCUGGGCACCGCUGUAACUCCGUCGAACGUGGUUGUGUUGCCCAGCAAUUCUAUGCCACUUGCAGCCCAAGCUCCAGCAGUACAGCAGUUACGGACUCCUCCUAGAUCCAGCAAUACAUUUGCAGCAAGCCAGACUGUCUCUCCAAACUUCCCACAAGGCUCUGCUAUUAUAAUUGCAUCUCCAGUGCAACCUGUCUUGCAAGGAAUGGUGGGAAUGAUCCCUCUCUCAGUAGUGGGACAAAACGGAAAUGCUUUCUCAGCACCUGCUCGCCAGGUUCUACAUAUGCCUGUAGCAAAUCCAGUGUGUAGCAGAAGUGUUCCUAAACUACCUAUCCCUCCCAAAUCUCAGAAGAUCCCUGGAGCAAGAAACAAGACUAAUACAGGAAAAUUGGUAACAAAUGUGGCUGAGCCUUUGAACCAUGCAAAUUCUCGUGCACAAAGUCUGGCGCCGUGGGCGCCCGCGGCGCCCCCUUGGCGUCCCAGGCCCAGGGGGACGGUUGCUUCAGUGCAGGAGCUGAACAAAAAACAAGGGUCAUUGUCAAACGGGAAUAGCAAAUCUUCAGCAUCUGUUUCUCUGUCCUCAAAGGAGCCAAAACGAGAGCCAGCUAAAGUUUCCAACCAAGGCCUUUGCUUGGCAAGUCCUUUCACUAAACAAUGUGUAGAAAUGUUGCAAGACAUUCAGUGGCAUAGCCCUACUAGUAAAGCAGUUGAAAAUGGAGAAUUACCAGUACCCCGUACACCAUCUGGAGUUGGGGACAGGCACACAGACGAUACUACGGAUAGUGUAAGGACACCAACCUGUCGGCGUUUCAAUGAGGACAGCACAACACCUAGAAUCAUGGUCCCUCCUGCUACUCCAGACUUACCUGCCUGCAGCCCAGCUAGUGAAACAGGUAGCGAAAAUAGUGUCAAUAUGGCUGCUCACACACUGAUGAUACUGUCACGGGCUGCUAUUGCAAGGACUAGCACUGCAACUCCACUGAAGGAUAAUACUCAGCAGUUCAGAUCUUUAAGGAGUACAGUAAAGAAAAGGAAGCUAGAGGACUUGAAUGAAGGUGAGAGAAAUUCUCGUUCUGCAAAUAGAAAAGACCUUCAAAGCUCUCCAACACCAUCAAAAAAGAAGAAAAUAAAGAAAAAGAAGCUGCCAAAUUCUUUUCCGGCAGGAAUGGAUGUGGACAAGUUCUUGUUAUCUCUGCAUUACGAUGAAUAAAAAGAUAUGAACUGUGACUGUAUAAAGCCAGUGUUCUAUGCUGAGGUUUUGCAUGGGAGAUUAAUUCUAAAGGAUGAGUUGCACUUUCAGUGCACUGAAGAUUCACUUUAUAGCAAAAUCAUGCUGUUUCUGAAGCAGGUUGCUAAGUCUGUAAAUAUCAUUGAGUUGGUAUAUGUUUAUUUUUGAAAAAGCACUUGCAUAAUUAUAGAGCCAUUUAAUUUGCAAAAUUGUAAAUUUGUAUAAAUGUAAUGUACGAAAAGUUGUAAGUAAGUUUCCUGUUACACACCAUGUUGUCUGCGUUCUGCUGCAUUCUCUACUUACUUACCCUCUGAACUGCUUCAUCAAUUUGUGAAAAAGUUGUGAAUUUGAAGGCAGUGUUUGUAAUUCACUGUUCUAAGACAUGGACAGCUAAUUUUUGCCACUUUCCAUUGUCUUGUUGAAUCAUAAAGAAACUUCAGAUGUAACUGACUUGUAGUAACAUUAUCUUCUGUUAUAAUUGUAAAAUCCAUGUUUUAAGGCUUUGAAUGAAUUAUUAAAAAUUACAUAAAUCUAAGGCAAAAAAGUUCUCUUCUAAUGAAGCUUUCCCCCCAACCAUUCAGACAAAAAAAUUAAAUGUGUGUAGGCCUAGUCUGUUUCUAGGAAUUACUUACACAGUACUUGCUACAUAGGAUGUUUUUGAAUGCAAAAAAUAUUGUAAAAUGUUGUACCUUCAGUAUGAAUAUCUAAACUGUAGUGAUAGCCAGAAAAGAACUUGAAAGUGUUCUAUUGCAAGAGUAAAUUCUUUGAACCAUCUUUUGUACUGCUGAAAAGGCAUUUAGUAAUGUUACUUAUGCUUUUAGCCAGAUACAGUAAAAUUUGCAUCUAAUCUUUUGGUUUAUCAUAGAAAGUGGUCACAGCUACUCUACAAACUCUCUUCAAGACCGAUACAGGAGAAGCUCAAGCUACAUUUUAGUACUAAUUAGAUGAAAAUUAAUACACUUAAGCCUUGCUCCAGUACUGCAGAAUUUUCUCAAGUGGUGUUUCCUCCUUUGUUCUCAAAUUGUUGAGGUCUUAAACAAUGCAAGUUUUCUUAUGAGAGAGCUGUACAGCAACAGGGCAACGUUUCAAGAUAGUAUACAAGGAUUCCUAAGGAACCAAUAUUAUGCAGUAGAUGUUUAUAUUAAACCCAUCCAAUAAUUUAAUACUGCAUAGCAUUUAC